AAGGUCAAUGUCACAGUAACCUUUAACGCAAAAAAGUUAACAAAUCUUCUCCCACUGAUCUCUCAACAAUGCCUGAACCUAUUAUCAUUAAACUUGACAUGGAUGUUAAGCCUGACCAGUAGAUCACCCUUAUUGAUUUUAGGAUUCAUAGAGCCAAAGGUCAAGGUCACAGUGAUCUUGAAUGGUAAAAGGUUGUCAGAGUGAUAACUCGACAAUGCCUGAACCCAUGGCCUUCAAACUUGACUUAGAGUUGCAUCUGACUUGUAGAUGACCCCUUAUGAUUUAAGGGGUCAUUGGGUCAAAGGUCAAGGUCACAGUGACCUUGAACGAAAAAAACUUGUAUGUGUGAUAACUUGACAAUGCCUGCACCCAUGGCCCUCGAACUUGACAUUUAGGUUUCUGGUGAACAGCUGAUGACUCUGGAUUUUGAGUUCAUAGAGUCAAAGGUCAUGGUCAUAACACACUCUAUCCUCACACUUUAAUGGUCAUAAUCUGAAAACUGCCUUAAUGGCAACAAAUCAGCUGUCAUUUCGGUCCAUGCAUAUUUCAUUCAAUUGUCCAUAUAAUCCUGACAACAUGGCGUUCAGGGGGGGCAUAAUGUUUGACAAACAUCUCUUGUUAUACUUAAUUUCCAUCAAGACCGCCUUGUUAAUGAUUGCAGACAAAUCAUAAUCAAAAUGAUAAUUCAAAAUAAUUGGUUGAAGAACGGUGAAUUACAGAUUAUUACUACAACACUGGUAAAACACUUACUCAUUGACUUGCAGAAAUGUCAAACCCUGCUUUGACCAUAGACAGAUUGACCAAUUCAGGGGUGUGUGUGUAAGUUUGUUAUUACUCGCAAUCUCGCACUCGGACAAAGCCCAUUCGGCGAGUUCUCCGAUAAGAGUGUUAGUCAUAUUAGGUUUUUUAGCAUAGUGCACAGAGAGAAUGUAACACUGGUUAGAGCUUCCCUGGUUCUUUAACGUGCACCAGUUAUAUAAAACUAUUGAGAUUAAUGAUUAUUAUAUAAGUCACUUAUAUUCCUAAUAAGCGUCAACGUGAUCCAAUAUUUCAAUUGCUUUGUAAUGAUUUUAAAAGGUUUGUCAUUAUUGAUAAACGGUAUGGAUCAUUAAGUCAAUUGUAAUCUUACUAUUAUCGGCAAAAACAAUGACAAUAAAAUAACAAAGAGAAGUACAAGAAGCUUAAUCUUAAACCUAAGGUAGCCGUGUAGAACUUGUGAGAGACGAAGACAGAUCAAGAGAAAGUGCCACAGACUUCUUUGGUGAGGGGCAAACAUAAAAACCACUAGAAAACAUUUUGUAAUCACACGGGGAGCGGUGCAGACGACGCAUUUCGUUCUCAUGUGAGUUACAACGAUUUGUGUGUCAAUAAUGUUGUGUGCUUCAUUUAAGACGUCACGUCCGUAUUAUACUUUCGAUUUCAACGAUUCUUUAAAUUAUGUUUGUUUGUCUUUCUCAUUGAGUUUGGAACUUACAAAAUUCCACAGAGAAGUGAUCACAAUAUAGACCGUAGGUUAUAUCUUUAACGUAACUAUUGUCCGGCAAAAUAAGAAGAAUAUUUAUUUCGUCUGGGCUUAAACAGAUUGAGAGUCACAACUUUAUUUGAAGAGAAAGGAAUCGCAAAAAAUGAACAAAGAGGAAGAAGACGCAUUCCUAAAAAUUCUGCUUGAGUUCAGCGAUACAGUGGAUCCCAUGACGCUGCUCCUCGACUUACCAUGUCUAUCUCGAAGUGCAAGAAAAAAUGUAGUGAACUCGCAGACAGGAGCAUGGUGUGGCUCGAGUGAAAAAGCAGCUCUAAGGCUACAUGGUGCUUUAGCUAAGAGGCCAGAAGGAUUCCGAGAGAUCGUGUGGCAUUAAGGAGGCAUAAUCAUGACGAGCUCGCAGACAAAUUAGACCCUCGUCAUCAAAUACAAGAAAAAGAUACCACUCUAUGCUUAGAAGUCCGCCAUCUUUCUGAUAUGCCAACUGGUGCCGGCGUAAAUAUGUGCAAAACUACGAAAACUGUUGUUGCAGCAAGACAGAUGACAGAACCAAAUAUUGGAUCGCCGGGCUAUGUCGGAGGACCGAGGUUGUCGUUGUCUGAGCAGUUUCAGCAACCAAAACCUGUAAUUAGCGGUCAAACAACAACCAACUUGCCUGCACCGACCUGGUCAAUGUCCCAAAGACCAACAUGGUGUUCAACGAAUGAAAAGUCUUCAAUACACGAUUCUUAUGGUGAACCAGUACAGGAUGUUGAUAUUGCGAAUAAUUUUGGUGAAGAUUCCGAUUCUGAUAAUAAUAAUGAUAAUAAGGAAAACAAUAAAGAAGCCCAUGUUGCCAAAAAAUGCACAGAAAAUACGAGUGAAUUUAAAAUGGUGAUUGUUGAGACAGAAUUAAAUCUUCCGAAGUCACCUGCAGACGAACUUCUUCUGAAAAGAAAUGAGCUACGAAAUCGGGUAUUUGAAGAAAAAAUAGCAAACGACAAUAACAUUGAACAUAUGCACUCUGAAUUAUUUCCAUCAACAUCUACAACUGGAAUAGGGUCCAGCUGUUUGUCGUCUGUCGGAAAGAUAGAUGUCAAGAUAUCCAACGAAGAAACACUCAGACAAUUUGAAGUGAACGAAGGGGCAUCAAAUAACAAUAGUGCCAAAGAAAAAGGAAACACGAAAACAGAGACUCGAGGAAAAUAUAGCUGUGAAAAUUACAUAGAUCAUUCCUUAGAGGACAAACAUAUUCACGUCCCUGAACACGUUGAGAGCGAUACGGAACUAGACAGUAUACGAGAGAAGGGAAAAAAUAAAGAUUUGCCUGGUUUUCGCGAAAGUCAGGAUCUGGAUUCAGCUGAAAAUAAAGGUCAUGAUUCAGUAUUUGCCAUCAGUAGCGAGGACCAAAGUGCAAGUAGUUCAACAAUACUAGAAAAUCAACGUACAGACUCACCAGGCAGUGUUUGGCCUCCAAAUUUUGAUCAACCGCGUGAUGUGACUGUUCACAGAGAACAUGAACGUCGUACGAACAAUAACAUUUGUGAAAAUGUUAGUGUAGAAGGGCAGUCAACAGAAACACGAUGCCAAUCUUCAAACAUGUAUGUUAACGGUGUGGUGUCAUGGUUACUAUACAUUGGUGAUAAGAUGUUGUAGUUGUAAUCGUAACACCGCUUUUAUAUGAUAAAAUGCCUCGCAUUUGUUUUCUUAUUGGUGUCAAGUUAUCAGCGCGCUUUAUGCUAUUGAUGAUUUAACAGAGAGUGCUGAUUUGCAUAAUUCUUAAGUGCUUUGAAGUAAUAUUUUAUCAAAUGAGAUGACAGUAUUUUUUGAAUUCGUCGCGCAUUUGUGUUGGUUAAUCAGCGAUCAGUAGAUGCAGUGUUAGACAAGGCCAACAGACAACUUAUUUGUUAUACCACUUUGCCGAUUAGUGUUUGUUAAUUUGCAUAUAUGCGAUGAAAGUUAUGUUCGCGCCAGACCUGACCUCUUGUAAAUUAACAGGCAAUCUAAUCGACUGUUUGAAAUGUGAGGUGCAAUAGAAUAAAUAUAUUUUGAAUUUAUGGUUUGCAUGUGCCGUAUAAUCUCAAUGUUUAUAUUUGCAACGAUAAUGACCCUUUCAACUUAUUUGCAAGUGAAUAUAUUGGUAAUCCGUAAUGGUUAUUCAAAACUAUUUCGUUAAUGUAUUUUAUACUAAGCAUGAUGUUAAUAGUUAAUAAUUAUGACGUGUAUGAUAAUUGAAAUAAGUAAUUUGAAAGUAUGAUGUUUAGGUGCUUUCAAAACAAAGUGACCAAUAUCUAUUAAAGUUAUCGAUAAGAUAUUAAAUUUAACCUAGUUUAAUUGAUUUUUCAUAUUUUGAUCACGUAACUAUUAAUUGCCUUUCAAACAGACGUUUUAAAGUAGUUAUUUUUAUAACCGUAUUUAUACGAUAUCCGAUAAUCAACGUGUAUGUUAACACGUUUGUUUACUUAGCGUUAUAUUUUUUUUAGAAUUUAUUAGCAAAUAAGGCAUGAUAAAUAGUAAUGACCUUUUUCAGCUUAUAAUUUGGUCCCUCCGUUGGUAGCUCGAGGUUGUUUUGCUUUGUUUUUUAACAUAAUGCGCCAGCACUGCAGUAUAUUUUGCCAAGUUUUUUAAAAAAAAACACGCUCAUCGGUGAAAUUUAGUUAUAUAGUAAUACCAACAACCAUUAUUUACUUUACAAUGAAGACGUUCCAUUGUUUGAAACAGUGAACUGCAAUAUCAUUACUGCAUGAUAAACAUAAAAAUGUAGAAAUUAUUAGCAAAUACAAUCGCGCCGUAUUCAUAUUGGAUAUAAGGUACCGAUAAAUGAUAAUCAUAAUGAGUUUAGCAUUAUAUUUUUUUGUAUCUGCAUGUACAAUAUAUAUUUCCUAAAUUAUAUCAUCAUUAUUAUCCCACAAAAAAGGUUGUUGUUGUUUGUUGUUGUUUAUAUGGAGAGGUGGGGGUAUACAAGUGUGAGCUAGUUGUCGCUCGGUCUGUUGGUUUUUACGGUGUCCGGGGAAUAGCCCAUGAAAGGAUCGAUUAAAUAAACGAAUUUGUAUUAAUAACUCUGCCUCCCAUUUGCAAUUCAUAACGAGCGUUUGAUAAAGACGCUUCGCUUCAACUAGCCGAAAACAAUUAGCGAGAUUAAUCAAACCUGAAACAAGGUUCCACAGAAAUCGACCAAGCGGUUAAUUAACAUUACUUUAGUAAUUUAUUAAGCUCGAAUUUGAAGACGGCUUUGGGCAUAUAGCAGAUGAAUUUACAUUCCAACUUAAGUUUCGGUACGAUGAAAUUUGCUUUGAACCGGGGAACCGGUCGACCUUACGUGACCUGUAGGCGGAGUCUUGCACUCACUCGCCCACUCACUGGGGCAUGCAUAUAUGUAUGUAAAACACGCAUUAAAAAUCUCGAUAUUUUUCUUGCUAAACGCGAAAUAAUAAAACAAAACUUUUAAGUCGAAAAUGAUAAAGUUAUGAACAAGGGUAAAUGCUAAUAUUAGGAUUGAUUCUUAUUUACCGCGCGUUCAUGCUAGCACGAUUCAUGGAUUUGCAAAACUUUCGACCAAGCGUGCAUACUGUAAAAAUCAGUCCUUAAAUGACUUACUCUGUAGACCGUCAGGUACUUUUGAGAGACAAGACUUCUGGAUGAUAAGCUGACAUAUGAUUGCGAGCUUCGUGCUAAGAUGCGAUACAAAGAUCGGGUUAUGUCUUCGAGAUGUUAACGUACUUCAUACAGGGUAAUCAGUUCCCCAAUUAUCGCCCACCGUAGUGAAUAUAACAACGUCUAAGUUAUUCUUGCUUCUUUUUUAACCCAUUAUUUAACGGAUACGUAUAGUUUAAGAAUUAUUAUUUGCGGUAAUAGCAAAAAGUCGACGACAAAAUAGCUAUUUUCGUAGCACUUCUAUGAUUAUGUAUUUACAUAUUCGUCAAAAGCUCGCUGACCAACAAAUUUCCUGAACUCCUUGAAUGACUAUGUUUUAUAUGACGACUUGUGACCAAAAAUUCCAAAAUAAAUGCUUAAAUUACCAAAACAACUUUCGAUUUAAAAUCUCACUGAAUUGUUCGGGGUUUUUUUUACUUUCUACUACAAAAAAACGCUAUCGUGCAUGUGUAAACUUGCAUAAAAGACAUGACAUGGAUGUUUGCUAUGUUAAGAUUUAUUUUGCAAAAAAAUCGCCAUAUUAUAUGUAUAUUCAUACUUGUUUGGAAGAUAUUUUCCCAGAUGACUAUGUACAAGAUGAAUAUAUGCAUAGAAGCAAUUUAGAUAAAACUGUAAAUGAAUAUGGGAAUAUGAUGUUAGAUUUCUGUAAAAUGUCAGGUUUGAGAAUUUUAAAUGGUAGGAUUGGAUUAGAUGCCAAUAUAGGAAAAUAUACUUUGGUUAAUGCAGCAGGAUGCAGUACUAUUGACUUAGUUUUAUGCUCAAAAAAGAUGUUCUGUUGUGUAAAGAGUUUUAAUGUGUUAGAUCCAAACAUUCUGUCUGAUCAUUGUGUUGUUAGUUUUAGCUUGGGAUGUUCACAAAUUUGUGGUAAUAAUAGUCUUUGUAAUGAAGAUGUGAAAAUUGAUGAUACAGUUGAUAAUAUACCAUAUAAAUACAUGUGGAGUGAUGACAAAAAGAAUGAUUAUGUUAACACAUUAAAUAAUGAAGAGACUACACAUAUGCUUGAAACACUGUGUGAUGACAUUGAAAAUUCACAUAGUAAUGAUGAUAUUGAUUCCAAUUUGAAAUCAUUCUGUAAUAUUAUAGAAGAUAUAUGUUCACCUUUGUUUAAAAAAUAUUGUGAUAAUAAUGUUGCACAUGUAUGUAGAGCAAAUGAUGGCUUAUAUUUUGAUGAUGGUUGUAAAAAUUUAAAACACUGUUAUUAUAAAAAUUUAAACAUGUAUAGAAAUUAUCCAUGUGAUGUAAAUAGAAAGAAUAUGGUAGAAUCCAGAAGCUUGUAUAAGAGUACUGUGAGAAAAAAGAAAUGUAUGUAUGAUAAAAUGCAGACUAAGAAAUUAGAAAGUGUUAGAUUAUCAAAUGCUAAGAUGUAUUGGAAAAUGUUAAAAGGGUCAGUUGUUAAGGAAGAAUGUGGUAAUUUGUCAAAUGCAGAUUUUCUACAAUAUUUUAAGGCUAUUAAUGACCCAGAUUCAACAUUUUAUCAACCUGAUGAAGAUAUUUUGUAUUUUCAUGAUAGAUAUAUGAAUGAAGAAUUGAAUAUUAUGUUUGAAGAAUUGAAUGUCCCAUUUUCACAUGAGGAUAUUGUUAAGGCAUGUAACCAGUUAAAUAAUGGUAAAGCUGCUGGGCCUGACUAUCUGUUAAAUGAGUUUUUUAAACAUGGUAUUAAUAGUAAUAAUUUCUUUAUUGUUGUAUGUACUUUGUUUAAUAAGUUGUUGAGUUGUGGAUAUUUUCCAGAGGCUUGGUCUGAAGGGUUUAUUGUACCUUUGCAUAAGAAGGGUGAUAAGAAUGAUACAAAUAAUUAUAGAGGUAUUACAUUAUUAAGUACAUUUGGUAAAUUGUUUACUAAAGUAAUAAAUAAUAGAUUAAAUUGUUGGGCUGAAAAAUAUCAUGUAUAUAUUGAGGCACAGGCUGGUUUCAGAAAAAAUAUGGGCACAGUUGAUAAUAUUUUUGUACUACAUGGUGUUAUAAAUUAUUUGUUAGAAAAUAAUAAGAGACUUUAUGCAGUUUUUGUAGACUUUACUAAGGCCUUUGAUUUUUUAGUGAGAGAUGUCAUUUGGUAUAAACUUUUGAAGUUAGGAAUUAGAGGAAAUAUGUUUAAUGUUAUUAAAUCUAUGUAUGCCACUGUUAAGUCUAGAAUUAAAAUGCAUAAUACUAUUAGUAAAGAUGACUUUACAUGUAUGCUUGGUGUUAGACAAGGAGAAAGCUUAUCUCCAUUCUUAUUUUCUAUGUAUUUAAAUGAUAUUGAAGAGUAUUACAUGUUAAAUGGUUUUGAUGGUAUUGAUAUAGGUAUGCUGAAACUGUUUCUGUUAUUAUAUGCAGAUGAUAUUGUUAUUAUGGCUGACUCUGAAGACCAGUUAAAAAAGGGUUUGUUGUUACUAGAGCAGUAUUGUGAUAGAUGGAAAUUAAGUGUUAAUUCUACCAAGACUAAAGUUAUGAUUUUUAAAAAGGGAGGCAGGUUAAGGAAAAAUAUUGUUUUUUCUUAUAAGGGGGUCAAUUUAGAAAUAGUUAAACAUUUUACAUAUUUAGGUAUUAUUUUUACCUGUGGUGGUUCCUUCACCACCACCUUUGAUACUUUAGCAGGACAGGCAUCCAAGGCUAUUUUCAAGUUAAACUCAUAUUUAGCUAAAUUUCCAUAUAUGUCUAUUAGUAAUAAGUUAGAUUUGUUUGAUAAAUUAAUCUUACCAAUUUUAAAUUAUGGAUCAGAAGUAUGGGGAUUAAAGGAUUCUAUUGUUUUAGAAAGAGUACAUUUAAAUUUCUGCAAAAGAUUAUUAGGUGUUAAAAUUCAAACUCAGAAUAACUUUAUAUAUGGCGAACUUGGUAGAACUACAUUGUACACUAGGAGAGUUGUUAAUGUUAUAAGAUAUUGGUUGAAAGUUAUAAAAUUAGAUGCUCAUAAAUAUGUUAAAGGUAUGUAUUCUCAUAUGUGUAGUUAUAUUGAAACAAGACCUAAUUGUAAAUCUUGGGCAAAUGAUGUGUGUUCUUUAUUGCAAUCUCUAGGCUUUCAUUAUGUAUGGUUAAACCAAGGAGUUGGUGAUGAAAAUAUGUUUAUAUCAUUGUUAAAAACAAGACUAAAUGAUAUGUUUAUUCAGAAUUGGAUGUCAGAAUUAAAUAACUCAUCUCGUGCAAGAUCGUAUACAAUGUUUAGUAAUUUUAUGUUACAACCUUAUCUGACAAAUGUUAAUAUGUACAAAUUUAGAAAAGACAUGUGUAGAUUGAGAGUUUCUUCACAUAGACUGUCAAUAGAGUCAGGCAGAUGGCACAAACCUGACCCAAUACCAUAUAUUGAUAGAAAAUGUUUGUGUUGUUAUGUAUUAGAAGAUGAAUUUCAUUUUAUUUUAGAAUGCUCAUUGUAUAGUGAUUUAAGAAAAACUUAUAUUAGUAAAUAUUAUUGGACUAGACCAAAUGUACCAAAGUUUGUUGAGUUAAUGCAAUCGGACAAUGUUAAAGUGAAUAGAAAUUUAGCUAUGUAUAUACAUAAGGCAUUUAAUGUUAGAAACCAAUACCAUUAUUACUAUGAAUAAUAUGUGUUUUUCAUGUACACAAUGAUCUCUCGCUGUCAUAUACAUGUACAUAAUGCUAUAUUGUGUCUCUAUUAUGACAUGAAACAUGAAUAUUUAUUUAUAUGAUCAUUGGUGAUUUAUUUGACCAUUUGAUUACUUACAUGCAUAUAAUUCUCUAUUUGUAAAUGUAUACUCAUGGACAUAUUGUCUGUUGUAUUUGUUAAUAAAACUAAAACUAUAUGU